UGUUUCGCUAAACAGGCGAAGAACCCACAGUGACGGCAAGAUCAACAGGAAGUGCCAGGAAUAGCUUUGUUUAUCAACUUCUCGCUCGCGUUCACUUUUUAUGUUUUGAAGUCUGUAAAGUUAUAUAUGCGUUUUAUGACUUGACUUCGGCAAGAAGAAAAUUAAAUAUGAUUGCGCGCUGACUUUAUAAUGGACGUGACCGCGAGGGGCUCUUGAAAGUGAAUGUGAUUUAUGUGGGAGCGGUGGAAAGCAUUGGGAGGAAUCAGCUGAUUAUUUGACUCGCUGAACACACAUGAUUCAUCCAGAUCUCUGUAGUGUUUAUUCCAAGCAUAUGCAUCUAAACCAAACCACAGCAGUAGAACUGCCAAGAACUUAACUCAGUUUUUAUCGGUACAUGUCUCUGUAUCAAACUCCACUGGAGUGUAAUGUAAGAGGUUAGUGUCAGUAGGAAAGAUGCCGUGCACAUGCGGGAACUGGAGGAGGUGGAUUCGGCCUCUCGUGGUGCUGCUGUACAUUCUGCUCCUUCUGGUUGUCCUUCCACUCUGUAUAUGGGAACUUCAAAAAUCAGGGGUUAGUAUUCAAAAUAAGGCGUGGUUCAUUGCUGGGUUAUUCGUGUUCAUGACCAUACCCAUCUCACUGUGGGGGAUACUGCAGCAUCUAGUACACUACACCCAGCCUGAGCUACAAAAACCCAUUAUCAGAAUAUUAUGGAUGGUUCCUAUAUACAGCCUGGAUAGUUGGAUUGCGUUGAAGUAUCCCAGCAUUGCCAUCUAUGUAGACACAUGUAGAGAGUGCUAUGAGGCCUAUGUUAUCUACAACUUUAUGAUCUUCCUUCUCAACUAUCUGGGGAACCAGUAUCCCAGUCUGGUGCUGAUGUUGGAGGUGCAGGAGCAACAAACAUCUCCCCCUCUUUGCUGCUGCCCACCGUGGCCCAUGGGAGAAGUGCUUUUGCUGAGAUGCAAACUGGGUGUUCUGCAGUACACAGUUGUGAGACCUGUCACCACAGUCAUUGCUUUGAUUUGUCAGCUUUGUGGCGUCUAUGAUGAAGGCAACUUCAGUUCAAAAAAUGCCUGGACAUAUCUGGUUAUUGUCAACAAUGUCUCUCAGCUUUUUGCCAUGUACUGUCUUGUGCUGUUCUACAAGGCUCUGAGAGAAGAGCUGAGUCCCAUCAAACCUGUGGGCAAAUUCCUCUGUGUCAAGCUGGUGGUUUUUGUGUCAUUCUGGCAAGCUGUAGUCAUUGCGCUUUUAGUGAAGGUUGGUGUGAUCUCAGAGUCUCACACCUGGGAGUGGGACAGUGUGGAGGCUGUAGCUACUGGAUUGCAGGACUUCAUCAUCUGUGUGGAAAUGUUUUUGGCAGCCAUUGCCCAUCACUUCAGCUUCACUUACAAACCCUACAUACAGGAAGCAGAGGAAGGUUCCUGCUUUGAUUCCUUCCUGGCCAUGUGGGAUAUCUCAGACAUACGGGCUGACAUCUCAGAACAAGUGCGCAAUGUUGGGAGAACUGUUAUGGGUCGGCCAAGAAAAACGUAUUUCGGUGAAGAGGCUUGCCAGGACGAGAACACGGGACUGCUGUCAGCUGGAGCUCAGGAACCAGUUGAAUCGUCUUCCACCCCUCCAUCCCCCAAGGGCCGUUACCAGGGAAUGGGCCACACCGUAACUCCCCACUCCAUCUCUGCUCCUGCAAACCUUGGCUGCGUACCAUGGGAUGGAGAUGUGGAUGACAUCCCACCAACUGUGAUAUCUAGCGAUUGCACAGACCAACAGGGCUCAGACUAUCCGGCGAUUACUUAACAUCACUGAGCUUCAGCUACCAAAGCUUUUAUAUUUAAAGCACAUCAAUCAAUCUAGCUACCAUUUAGAAUAUAUGCAGCCACCGUUAACUCUAACCGGUAACUAUUGGAUACCUGUGGCUAAUAUGUGUUCAGAGAGGCUCGGUGAAGCUUUGGUAGCAAGGACACAUAUGAAGGACUUUGGCAGUGUUGGUCCUCUGUUUUUACCUCUGUUUCGCAUUAUUUUGCCGGAAACAUGACCAAAUUAUAAACUGACCUUAAAGUCGAGCACAGUAAUUCCCAAAUGCCAGUUUUAAAAUUUCAUAUAAUCAGUUAUCGGUACUUUUAAGACAGCUUUAUGAAUGUUUACUCUAAGAAACACUAUGUAUUGAUAAUGCUACUUCACAAUUCCGUUGACGUUCUCCUGGAUUUUGUUAGCAAGUCAUUUUAAUGAUUUUUUUUAUCAUUAGUGUUAGGUUAGUUUUAUCCGGUUGAUGCAAUUUUUUUUUUUUUUUUUUUUUUUUGAGGAGCGGCACCUUGAUCAUGGACAGUAAUAUGAAAUUGCCAGGAUGCCAUUGAGAUUUGGAACACUUUGUCUCAGAAUAUAUGCAUGUGUUAAAGCAACUACAGUUUGACUGUACAUCAGCUUUUAAGCACAAAGUACUGAAACACUCAUAUCUUUGCUCAGUUCGCUUCAGAGCAACUUUUCUUGGACUGCUUGCCUUCUGAACAGCUUCAUGCAGUUGCAUCAAAACAAAAAUGCAUAUGUUGUUUUUCUCUCUUUUGUCCUUGUCAGAAAUUAUUUGUUUUUAAGUAAUUGCAUUUUUAUUUUUGGUUGUUUUAAUGGCUAGACAAAGAAAAUUAGGCUAUGUUACUUUUAACUAGUAUUGAAAAUGUUGAAUAUUGAUUUAAGUUCACCUCGGGGAAUGAUGCAAUGUUUAAAUAUCAGCCAAAGCUGUCUUAUUGCUAUUAAAGGGACAGUUCACCCAAAAAUGAAAAUUCUGUCAAAAUUUACUUUCCCUCAUGCAUAUCAAUCCAAACUCUUAAGACACAUGAGAAACAAACCUAAUCUUUUCUUGCCUGUCAAGCACACACUUUUGAGCUCGUUUACCAUAUUUGAUGUGCUCUAUGUACAUGCUUCAAUCAGUGUUUGUAUAAGAAUUAAGGCCUAAAUUAAAUCUAUUCAUCAUAUAAAGCUAUAGUGUCUCUUAGAGUUGUCUAAAGUACCGACUUUGGUACUUGAAUUUUAAAAAUGUGACGCUUUGAGCACUGUUGUAGCCAAUCACAGACAUAAUCAAUGAGCGCGUGAACACAAUGCACCAAUCAGAGGUGUUUACGAAUCUGCUCAACAGUGCUCAAAGCAUCACAUUUUAAAAAUCUCAGUACUUAUUGGUACCGAAGUUGGUACUUUUUACAAUUGUAGUGUAUCUUCACAAGAUUGGAUUAAACCGAUUGUCAAUGUAAUCCAUAUGAAUGAAUGUUUUUAUAAACUUUUUGAAGUGUCAAAAGUUUUGGUUACAUAGACUUUCAAUGGAGGGCCAGAAGUUUCUGAAGUUCCUUUAAAAUAUAAUCAUUUGUGCAAAUUUGAACAAAUAUUUUAUGGGUUUGGAAUGACAUGAGGGUGAGUAAUAGAUGACAGAAUUUUUAUUUUAGGGGUAAUCUUCCCUUUAAGAAAUUGUCUUUUUCUUUGUUAAUUUUGGGUUUCAGUUGUCUGUUAGUACAUAACAUUAGCUGCACAGGAGCUAUAAAUGUCAAAUAUAUAGUAUAACAGCACAUGCAGAUCAUUUUAUGAUUACAGAUGUGGACCUAAAUGUUUUAAUGAACUGUCACGUGUCUCUCUGUUCUAUUCAGAGAGAUGCACCUUCCGCAAUGGUUUGUACUGCUGUUGCAUUGCCUUAUCUAACAGUGGUUGUCACGAAUAAUUAAACUUCACAUGGAAAUGUG